AUGGCUAAGAAAGGUAUCCCUGAGUGGCUCAACAGUUCCCUCUGGUCCACAACCUCUUCUCCUUCUCCCGUCGUCGACGAUCGUCCUCUCCGUCAUCCUCCCGCCGCCACUACCGUCGCUCCUUCUCCUCCGAUCGUGGAGCGUCCGCCUCUUUCUCCUUCUCCCUCCGCGAUUUCCACCUCACCAUCUCCGCCUCUUCCGGUUCGUCCUCCUUUCAAAUCUGAGAUCAACGAUUUGCAGAAUGGGAGCGGUAAGGAUGGACCUGGAACCGAAACUCCGGCAGCUGAGGAUAUUUCUCGAAAGACGCAAGUCGUCGCUGAGUUAUCCAAGAAGGUGAUAGACUUGAAGGAAUUGAGGAAAAUUGCUUCCCAAGGUCUACCUGAUGAUGCUGGGAUUCGAUCCCUUGUCUGGAAGCUUUUACUGGGUUAUCUGUCACCGGAUCGUUCCAUGUGGUCUUCUGAGUUAGCUAAGAAAAGGUCGCAGUACAAGCAGUUCAAAGAGGAGCUUCUGAUGAACCCUUCAGAAGUAACGAGGAAAAUAGAUAAAUCAAAGGGUGGUGAUAGCAAUGACCCGAAAAUGGAAAGCCCCAGAGUCCUUUCAAGGUCCGAGAUUACUCAUGAGGAUCAUCCCUUAAGUCUCGGAACAACAAGCUUAUGGAAUAAUUUUUUCAAGGACACAGAAGUCUUGGAACAAAUCGAGCGUGAUGUGAUGCGUACUCAUCCAGACAUGCACUUUUUCUCUGGGGAUUCAGCAGUUGCAAAAUCUAAUCAGGAUGCUUUGAAGAACGUGUUGACUAUCUUCGCAAAGUUGAAUCCUGGCAUCAGAUAUGUACAAGGGAUGAAUGAGAUAUUGGCACCUAUUUUCUACAUCUUUAAAAACGACUCGGAUAAAGGAAAUGCAGCGUAUGCUGAAUCAGAUGCAUUUUUCUGUUUUGUCGAAUUGAUGAGUGGGUUUCGAGAUAAUUUCUGUCAACAACUUGAUAACAGUGUUGUGGGUAUACGUUACACUAUGACAAGACUUUCCAUGCUCUUAAAGCAUCAUGAUGAAGAACUUUGGCGUCAUCUAGAAGUCACAACUAAAAUAAACCCGCAAUUCUAUGCGUUCAGAUGGAUCACACUCCUAUUGACUCAAGAGUUCAACUUCGUGGAAAGCCUUCACAUCUGGGAUACACUCUUAAGCGACCCUGAAGGUCCUCAGGAGACGCUGCUCCGGAUAUGUUGUGCAAUGUUGAUUCUAGUUCGAAGGCGUUUGCUUGCUGGAGAUUUUACAUCGAACCUCAAGCUUCUUCAGAACUAUCCUCCUACAAACAUCAGUCAUAUGCUCUAUGUCGCAGACAAAUUACGCUCUAAAUAG